AUGGCUAUGAUAACAGAUACCGGAUAUGUGCUUCACGCGAUCCGGCUGUCCGCUUUGCGGACCACAGACGACCCCCUGACGCCGCGCAUUGUCACCCUCGAUCCGACCUUCGGAGGCAACCCCUACGUCCAAGCGAUGGGUUUGAGUGACAUUGACAAGUGGCCAGAAAUAAAACGAGCACUCGAUUCACCGGAACCAGAGCAGGAGCCCGGUGCACCUGCCCGGCGGCGCGGCGGUGCUUACAGCCCUGGGGAAGCGUCUACGCCCUCGGACGUCGCUGGCGCGGAGCCACCGCGACCAGGCGGGGCAAAUCUGCGUUACACGCAGACUAUCAUGCCUGGAAACCGAACGGGUGGCCUCGGCAUGCGCGUGACAGGGCGACGUGACGACGGACGGCGGCGACGAAGAGAUCCCGACAGCCGGCCGCGAGCCGACUCGGAACCGGAACCGAAACCGCCGUCCCUGCCCUUGUCUCCUGAGCUGCGGAGUGAGCUGACGAGCUCGAGCUCGGUGGGAGGCGCGGCUCCGAGCCUGAUGGGGACGCUGUACAGCGGCGGGGCUGUGCCGGUUGAGGACCUCGGCGACGACUUGGAAGUUGAUGUUGACGAAGGCUCUGACGUUGACGACGAUGAAGUGGACGAGGAGCUGGUUCCCGCGCCGAAACGGCCGACACAUAUGCGGCAGGUCUCGAACUUCAUGAAGCCGGCUCCGCCUCGCCGUGUGUCUACGAUACAUGAGGAUGAUAGACGAUCGUCGACCGAGGAUGAGCCCGCCUUGCAGUUCGGUCGCCAACCUCUGCAUGCCCCGCGAAAGUCUGCUCUGACCGCGCUACUCAAUGCGCAUGUCCCGCACCUUGUGUCAACCGGAGACGGACAAGCCCCCGCCAGCACACCUACCCAGGUCAACCCGUUCAACUCGCUCUACGCCAGUGUCGCUGCACCGCCCACGUUGCCAAGUCUCAGCCUCGAGCUCUUCUACCCGCACUCUGAUGAGCCCAGCGAGCCAGUCAUUGUUCAAGUAAGGAAGGACGCGACCGUGGAGGAAGUCACCGGCUAUGCUCUGUGGAAGUACUGGGAGGAGGGUCUGCAGCCGCCGAUCGCCGAGGAGGACUGCACCACGAUCAAUUGGGGUCUCCGCAUCGUUGAAGACGACGGAGAGGUUGACGAGGAUUUCCCCGCUCUUGAUCGCGAGUCGAAGAUCUCCAAGUUCUCCUACGGCCAGUUCGGAAUCGUCAAGGCGUCCGAGUCGCAGAGAAAGCAGAACGAGGCGAUGAUGCCAUUGAUCCAGCGGCGUCCAUCUCGCAUUAUCGCGGAGCCCACCCGGCCACCUGUCCGCCAGAACUCGCAGCCCGCCGGCGCUGCCGGUCCAGUUCCGCCAUUGCCCGUUAUGCCGCCUGUUCCUGUACCUGCCGCGCCCAUGCCUGCGUUGGCGCGGUCGCCAGAAGACAUGAUGGAUGUCACGGAGCAGCUGUCGUCCUCUAGGUCCCGCCCGACCCUGCUCCGCGUGCGUGUCGAGGCAACACCAAGUGUCGCCUUCACGACCACGCUCUCCGUCCCGAGCGACAUGUACAUUGCCGACCUGACCGAGGUCCUCGUGCAGCGGAAGAGCCUCCAGGGCCCGUCGAGCGAGUGGGUGCUGUGCCUCGGCAACAAGAGCCUCGCGCUGCCCCUGGACCGUACCGUCGCGAGUCUCGGCAGCAACACGGAGCUCGCGCUCGUCACGCGCCGAUGGGCACUCGAGAACGGCCUCGGCACAGGCGACCGGCGCGGCGGCGACCCGAACGCCAACAUCUUCAAGCGCACGAGCGAGCACAUGCCGCCCGACCUCACCGCGUUCACAAAGUACACCGUGCUCCGGAAGACGGGCAUUGGCAAGCACGAGCGCGUCCUCGCUAUCGACGGAGACUACAUCCACGUAAGCUGGCGCUCGCUUUCCAAGCUGACAUUCCAGAUCAUGCCGUCCGAGAACCGCGGGUUCUUCGACACAAUGAAGACGACGAGUUUCCACGUCACGCUCGUCGCGAAUGUGAAGCUCUCUGGUCGCGCGGGCGGGUUCAAGCUGUACGUGUGGCGCGACGGGGGACGGAAGCGGUACGAGUUUGAGGCCGAGAAUGGGCGUAUCGCGGCCGAGAUUGUCGACAAUAUCAAGGAAUUGAUGAGGGAGUACCAGAAGCCAGACCGCACCUCGGCCUACAUCCGCUCGUCGGUGCAUCGUCCGUAG